CGCAGCGGGUAGAUUGCUUCACUACUGAGUAAACUUUAGCCGAGUGAAGUUGGGAAGUGCCGUUCAAUUUGUCGCCGCUGGAAACAUAUUUCGGUUGAAAAGGAAUCGCAGAAAAGCCUGCUGGAUUAAGUUGACUUACGACGAUUUCAUCUGGAAAACCACAUUGCGCUCGUAUCCGAGUGAAAUACACAAACCACAGUUCAAAUAGUUGCAAGAAGAGCGAUGAGCUACCAGUGCAUACUGGUACUCACGCUGUCGCUGCUGGCGACUAGCGUGAGUUUAGCGAAUCCAUCCCCGGAUAAGGCUGCCGCCAGUACCAGUGCGCUGCCGAAAGCCCAGGAUCCGCUAUUCAACAAGAUGCUUGCCGAGAAGUCGUCGGAUAUUCCGAUGGCUCAGAAUCCUAUAUUCAAUAAGAUGCUGCCAGAGGCAGACUCGAAGGAGAACUUCAUCGAGCAUGACGAAGAUUCGGUGCAACCACCCAAAAAGGCAGUCGAUCUAAAUCCUAAAUACGCCCAACAUGCAGCUGCGCUGAAAAAGGGUGCUAAAUUAGAGGUGGCUAAAGCGGAAUCUACAACAAUUGGAAUCGUUCCUGUCGACAAGGCUGAAAUCAAGGACAGUUUUGACGAUGACGAUAGCUACGAAGAUGAAGGUGAUCUACUGCCUGAAGACAGCAAAAAAACGGAAGAAUCUGUAGAGCAAUCAGGAGAGCGGGUGGUAGAGCAAAUAGAAGACGAAGUUGAAAUUCUACCCCAGAUCGAGGACCUUUCAGAUGUUAAAUUUUCUCAACCUGCGGUAGCCGAUAGCGCACAGCAAGAUGUCGUUAAGCCGAAGAAGCCAACAUCAAACACCAGUACGAUGAAAUCGACUGGCUCUUCCAGCACAACUGCUUCUGAUAGCGAAUACUACAAUGACGAUGACGACGAUAGUGAAGAGCUGGAAGAUGAGAAGAUCGAUCCUCUUGCUAUUGAAAAAAUGCUCGCAAAGCACUCUCCGAAAACAACCGAAGCUCCUAAGGUAACAACGGCCAAAGCUACCAAAACUUCUGGCAUACCAAAAACGUCAUCGACUGGCAAGACUACUGCCGUAGACAACGAGAUACUAGAUGAUAUCGACGACGACGAUGAAGACUAUCAGUACGACGAUGAUGAUGACGACUCCGAAGACGAGAAGAUCGACUUCGAUGCGGUAAACAAACUGUUAGCCCAGAAGAAAAAGAAGCAAAAAGAAACGGUUGCCACUGGAACUGCUACUAGGAAAAAAUCUGACAGCAAAAAUGCUAAUUACCCAGAGUACUACUACUACGACGACGGAGAUGAUGAUGACGACUACAACUUGGAAGAGCAAGUCCACCACUGUCCACGGGACUGCAUCUGUGAGCGUAAUAUGCACGCUUAUUUGGUAGCUACAUGCAGCCGCUUGGACCUUGAUACCCAGAAGUUCUCGCCAUCGAUCACCGAUCUUCAAGUCCUGGAUGUCGGUCCGAAAUAUCCGAUCGUCUUGAGUGCUGAGUUUUUCAAACAAAUCGGACUUUCACACGUCAUUUCGAUCAAAAUCAGCAACUGUACCAUCGAAUACAUCAGUCCAUCCGCUUUCGCUGGUCUAGAUGAUCUGUACUCGGUGAAUCUGACCAAUUCCGGCAUCGAUAUGCUGCACCCGGAUACUUUCGCUAAUAAUACUAAGCUGCGACUUCUGACGCUCUCCGGAAAUGACCUGAGUGCGAUGCAGAGUGUCAACUACAAUACCCCCUAUACCGAAUACAUGCUCAAGGCACCGUCGAUCGAGGAGCUGGACAUCUCCAAGUGUAAUCUGCAAGCUCUUCAGCCUACUGCUUUUAUUGAACUUAAAAACAUCAUCUACAUCAAUUUGGCCGACAAUAAACUGAAGACGCUGCCGGAGGGUAUCUUUGAUAAGGUGGAAACCAUCGAAGAGCUUGAUCUUUCCAUGAACAGUAUCGCUGAGUUACCUAAGAACAUCUUCAACAAAACAUCAUUGGCCAUCCUUCAUCUCAAGUAUAACAUGAUCAGUAGCAAUCUGGACUUCGUUACAGUCGAUCUACAAAAGCUGGACUUGAGCUACUGCCAGAUCCGCAACAUCAAUGGUCAAAUGUUCAAGGGUAUGGAAGGACUCACGAAUUUGAUCAUGAAGGGUAACCGUAUCAAGAAGAUCAAUCAAAUCGCAUUCACUUCGUUGAAGAGCCUUCGUCAAAUCGAUCUUUCUCAAAACUAUCUGGAACAAAUCUCGGCUCUAACCUUCCUGGGCAACAAGGAUCUGGAUGUUAUAAAACUGAACGACAAUCCGCGUCUGAAGCAGUUGCCAUCCGAAGGCUUCCAAAGCUCAUGGGGAACGUUUAAUACCUACUUCCUGGAUGUGUCCAACUGUGACAUUUCGGAAUUGGCAAACAACACGUUCAAGACGAUGCCACAGCUGACGCGACUGAACUUGGCGUGGAAUAACUUGCAAACCGUCGGUCCCGCUGUGCUGAGUCCGCUGGAUAAGCUGAUGGAGCUGGAUUUGAGCAACAACUUGAUUACCGAUCUCAGUGAGCAAACAUUCCUUCAGAAUCGUAAUCUGAAUAAGCUCAACCUAUCCGGUAAUCAAAUUUCGCGACUUCCGGCAAAGGUCUUCCUGCCGUUACAGUACCUGAAUCAUCUGGAUGUUAGCGAUUGUGACCUUCGCACCAUAUGGGAGAGCUCUGCUCCGAACGCCAAGAACCCGAAGGUUCUCCCGAACUUGAAGCUUCUGAAUGCGUCGUUCAACGAAAUUUCCACUGUCUAUGUUUCGGAUCUUGAGUCUCUUGCCAGCCUGCGCAUCCUGGAUGUGAAAAACAACUCACUGAAGUGCAAUCAACACUUCAAGUCGCUUAUCAAGUGGCUCGGAAUUAAGAAAGUGUCUCUAGGCGAUGCCAACAAGGAACAACGCACACACGCUGAGUUGAAUGCUUACAUUACGGACAACUCGGCGCCAUUGGUUGAGUGGAGCCAAUUUGCUCAGGAAAUUUGCCAAGCCACGAAGGCUAAUGGUGCUGAUUCUCCGGUUGCAAUUAAGGACAGCGAAUUAGACGAAGAUGAUGAAGACGACGAUGACGAUGACAUUGAAGAGGACGAAUCGGAAGAUGACGAUGAUUACUCUGAAGAGCAGAACACGAAGAAGGAAGAUGUUGUAGACAGCAAGGAUGAACUAGAUCAGUACUACGAUGGUGUGGAUGACGUUGAUGAUGAUGAAGAUGAUGACAAUGUGAUCAACGCCGCUAAUGGAAUGCAGAAGAUUGAAGAAACCAUCCUCAUUGGAAAGACAAAGUCUGAUGAUCCGCUAGAGGAGGAAGUUUUAAUUCUGGACAACAAUGCAUUACUGCAAAUCAGUGGCUUGUGGCUUCCGAUCUUCUGCAUUGCCAUGGGUCUCGUCGUGAUCUGUGUGGCCAUCAGUAGGAUCUUUGCGAUCAUGAUGCGAAAACGAGGCGAACGAUACCGUCAAGCGCUGUUGGCUUCCAAAAACUCGAUUGUAUACCAGAAACUGACGGAGGAUAUUGCGACACCUAAAACUCCCAAAGUGCAUCGAUACGCUCCGAUACAGCAGGUCUAGGAGGCAGCGAAUUGUGACCUUUUUCACAACUACUUAACAAACAAACCAGAUGUAGGCUUCCAUAAGUAGUCAUCUAUUUAUUAGUGAGAUGACACACUUCCAAAAGCUGCUUUACAAAAGAUUUCCAGUCCUUCUACAAUACAGUCAGCUAUUUACGAUUUUCUGUAACAAAUUAUUCUAGUAGUAAGAAACCUAGUAAGAAUUGAGGAUUUAUUGCACACAUGGAAGUGUUCUUACAACAACGUGUGCUCGUUUUUGUGCACUAUAAAACCUGAAUUAUUACCCAGGAACGGAGUACUUAUGGCGAAAGAUAGAAAAAGAAAGAGCAAACAAACAACUGUAAACGUAUUUAUUAAGUUUAUCUUUUCUUUAUCCUUUUACUAGAUAACACCUAAAGCAAUAGAUUCGAACUGAAACUAUAUCGUACCAAGAGUACACACCUAAAAUGCAAAGUAGCAGUGCAACCCAGAGUGUAUUUUUUCUGUUGAACAUUCCGUUGAACACCAAGAAGCUGAUUAGAUUUCCCUUCUAGUUGUUCCUGCAUUUUCAGAUUUAUAUGUAAAAUUUUAUUCAAAUUGUAUAGAAAUUAACAUAAUUCAGCGAUCCUGUUUACACCCCACUGAGGUAUCUGAGGCAAAAUAAUCACCCAAUAACACACCGGCAGAGAUCAACUAGCAAUAUUACUAUAGACUUCCACCAUGUGCCAUUAGAUGAAAAAUAACAACAUAGCAACAAAAAAAUAGAGCGAAAAAAAAAUCUAAUAUUUUCACACGGUACUUUUCUUUGGGAGCCCAAUUACUCAUAGGAUACAAGUAACGGUUAUGGCCGAUGGAGCAACAACAAACAAGGCUGGAAAUAAUAUGGUGAAACAAUAGUUGUAGAGUCUGUCACAGAAGAUAACAAAGUGAAAAUUUCAGUAAUUAUUUUUCUUUAAAUUAUUGUGCAAACAUUUUUACAACUUAUUACAAUUUGUCGUUUGUUUUGAUAAAAUAAAGCGGUUUUAUCAAACGAA